UGUCACGGUAAAUCCCGAACCAUUCAAUUGGUUGAACGGCUGCGCCAACACCUGACUCGACCCGUCUUCACUAUCGUUCUUCGACGUGGAUCUGAGUGAUUCAGAUGGCUUCCAUAUCUAAUAAGAGGCUAGCUAAAGAGCUGGCUUCCAUUCAUGAACAUGGAUGCCCUGAAGGGAUCAAACUCUUGCAAGCGGACGACCUCAAGACCUGGUUCCUAUCCUUAGAGAUAUUGGGGGAGAGCUUGUAUAAAGGGGAGGUUUUUGCUCUCCGAUUUACGUUUGGUCCUAGAUAUCCCAUAGAGUCUCCUGAAGUUGUCUUCGUCGUUAAUGACACCUACCAAGCGCCGAUUCACCCGCACAUCUAUUCCAAUGGACAUAUCUGUGCUAGCAUAUUGGGCAAUGAGUGGUCUCCUGUGUUAAACACGAGUUCCAUCUGCUUGACCUUGCAGAGUAUGCUCGCUUCAUGCAAGAAGAAGGAAAGGCCGGAAGGCAAUGAUAGAUACGUCAAGACUGCCCCCCUGUCACCCAAGAAUACACAUUUUCUUUAUGAAGAUGAUACCGUUUAAUUCGGCCGCUGACCAUCCCGCAAUUCAAAACCCCGGUCCGAUAUCCCAUAAACACAGUUGUUUUUUGACCCAGCCAAU